AUGAGAGGCAAAGUGAACUCUUCGCAACGCAAUCCAUCCCCUGAUUCAGGGCUUGAAGACUGGACGCAUAAGCUCGUGAAGAAACGAGAACAUGGAUUCACAUGGUAAGGCAAGCCUAGGUCGGCUCCAAGCUCGACAAUGCCUUCCUGCGAUCGUCGAUGAACUGAAACUGAGGAUGAAACGCGAUUUGCCUCUUCCGCCACGCCACACGCCCGAACUACCGGGGAUCAUUGAAAAUCGCAAUUGGCUUGAGAAUCACUCUGCGAUCUACACUCAACGGUCAUUGGCAGCUGAACGACACCAAUCCAGGCUUGAUCGCGAGUCAUGUCGCCGUCUUCACGUCCCUCGGUAGUGCUACCGGAUGCGUUAAAGAUACCCAUAAUGCAGAAGCUGCAGCACCGUCGGGUCGUGCUUGCUUCUGCGAGCCCCAGGAGAAAGGAGGAAUUGGCCAGAGCCGGUUUAGCUCCGGAGAUAGUGGUUUCCCGGUUUGAUGAGAACCUACCAAAGCACGAGUUCCAAGGCCGAUUAUCUGAAUAUCCCAUCUCUACUGCUGGUGAGAAGGCGAUGGAGGUAUACGAGAGAAUGGUCAGGGAAGACCCGGACGAUGCGCCAGAUUUGGUCAUUUCAGCUGACACCGUCGUCAUAUUUCCACCAGAGGAGGAUACUGCGGAGGGUGGUGAGGCUCACGGAGAGGAGUCAGAGAUACUAGAGAAACCGAUGAGCAAGGAUGAACAGAGGCGCUGGUUGAACAUGAUGAAUGGUCGGAGAGUUCAGAUCGUCACAGCUGUCACGCUCGCAUACCCUAGUGUAGUUGCACCUGGCUACAAGCUUGAAUCAAUUUCCUGCUCGACAAUAGCAAACUUUGCGGACAACAACAAAGAUCUGAUCGAGGCGUACGUAGAGUCAGGAGAUGGGCUUGAGAAAGCUGGAGGUUUCGGAAUACAGAGUACGGGCGGCCUCUUGAUUGAGCGUAUAGAGGGUGACUACGACAAUGUAAAAGGCUUCCCCACAGCUCCGUUCUGGCGUUGGAUGGUCGACUUAGACUCGGGAGGUGUAUUUGAUGAAGCACGGGAUGAAUAAAGGAUUUGUGCGCCAAUGAUGGGGUUCUCAUAAAUCGCGUGAACCUCUUCGCGCUCAAC